AUGCGGAGAAUACUACGGAGAAACCAAGCGGCAACAAGGCCACCAUCGUCAAGAACACGGCUCAGCUCUCCAAGAUCCCACGUCAUAUACUCUCCACGGUUCCGCAUCAAAUCAUCACUCAGCAAGCGGAGAACACCACUGCAACUUGGCCGUUCCACAUCAAAUCAUUACUCAGCAAGCGGAGAACACCACUGCAACUUGGCCUAUCAUCCCCACUACAUUGAGGAGCAAGAGGAGGAACUACAACAGGCAAAUGCGGAGAACACUGCGGAGAAACCAAGCGGCAACAAGGCCACCAUCGUCAAGAACACGGCUCAGCUCUCCAAGAUCCCACGUCAUAUGCUCUCCACGGUUCCACAUCAAAUCAUCACUCAGCAAGCGGAGAACACCACUGCAACUUGGCCCACAUCAAAUAUUACUCAUCACACCACUGCAACAUUGAGGAGCAAGAGGAGGAACUACAACAGGCAAAUGCGGAGAACACUACGGAGAAACCAAGCGGCAACAAGGCCACCAUCGUCAAGAACACGGCUCAGCUCUCCAAGAUCCCACGUCAUAUCAGUUAUCCACUCACUAGCCACUCAGUCUGAUACUCUACAAGAGGAGGAGCAAGAGGAGGAACUACAACAGGCAAAUGCGGAGAACACUGCGGAGAAACCAAGCGGCAACAAGGCCCCCAGCACCAAGAACACGGCUCAGCUCUCCAAGAUCCCACGUCAUAUGCUCUCCACGGUUCCAUAUCAAAUCAUCACUCAACAAGCGGAGAACACCACUGCAACUUAG